AUGGAAGCUCGCCAAAGCUUUGAAGCAUUGCAGGAACGUCCCACGUGUGGGGAAGCCAGCAGGAAAGUUGCUGGGGUCCAGCUGGAGCUCUGGAGCUGUGUCUUUGAAGCUGGAAGGAGCUCGCUGGGGAGAAGCGAUCUGCCGGAGCCGGGAGGCGGAGAAAGCUACUGCCGGGAGACGUGAGUAAGCUUAGCCCCGGGGAGGAGAUGGCAGACGAUCGUGAAUCAUUCUCAGUUCCCUUUGAGAAAUUAAAUGGACAAAAUUGGGCCGAAUGGAGCCGGAAGCUAAAGGCCUGGCUGGUAGCCAAGGGGUUGUGGGAGGCGACCCAGGGGCCCCUCUCCCACCACCUGCAGCAGGAGCAGCAGCAGCGGACAUAGCGGCUGCUCACGCGUCGCAGAGGAAAACCAGAAAGCCCUGGGAGCUAUAGUGCUCAGUUUGGAGGGUUCCCAACUUCCUCUGGUUGAAGGGCUUGAGACUGCUCAGGAGGCCUACCAAGCCCUUGAGAGGGUGCACCACAGAACCACGGCUGGUGCAAAGAUCCACACCACCAGACGCUUAUUUGAGAUGAAGCUGCGUCCCGGUGGGAACAUCAGACAGCAUGUUACUGAGAUGCUUUCUGUUUUCAAUGAGUUGCGCCUGUUACAGGUCAACUUUUCAGAAGAGCUGAAGGUUUAUAUUUUGCUCAGCUCUCUGGACAAAAGUUAUGACAAUUUGUGUCUGUCUAUGGAAUCGAUGAGUCCACAGGAUUUGACGCUAUCGUACGUGACAGGGCGUCUUUCGGACGAACAGGAGAGGCGUGUCCGAGAAGGCAGGUCUGGCGCAGGCAGCUCCACCGGUUGCCGAGGUGGGGGGCAAGCCAGAUGA